UCAGAGCCAUGGCUGAUGAAAAGAAAAAUGAGAGUUCUGGAUCAGGGAAGAAAACUUCUAGUUCUUACACACUGAAUUCGAAUGACAACCCAGGUAACUUGAUUACCCAAGUUCAGUUGAAGGGCGAGAAUUACAAAGAAUGGGCGCGAGCUAUGCGGACUGCAUUGCGGGCCAAAAAGAAAUAUGGUUUUAUUGAUGGAUCUGUCAAGCAACCAGCAGAUGACUCACUGGAACUCGAAGAUUGGUGGACGGUUAACUCUAUGCUGGUUUCUUGGGUGUUUAACACCAUUGAACCGACGCUUCGCUCGACCAUCUCUCACAUGGAGAACGUAAAGGAUCUGUGGGAGGAUAUUAAACAGAGGUUCUCGAUUGGGAAUGGUCCACGAAUGCAGCAACUGAGAUCGGAUCUGGCGAAUUGUAGGCAGGAAGGUCAACCGAUCGUGUCCUAUUUCGGAAGACUCAAAACGUUAUGGGAUGAAAUAAACAACUAUGAUCAGAUACCAGUGUGUAUCUGUGCAGGCUGCAGAUGCAAUCUUACCAUUGAAUUGGAAAGAAAGCGUGAAGAAGAGAGUUCAUCAGUUUUUGAUGGGCUUGGAUGAAGAAGGAUACGGAACAGUGCGCUCUAAUAUUUUGAGCACUGAACCCUUGCCCAAUUUGAAUCGUGCCUAUGCUAUGGUUGUUCAGCAAGAGCGGGUGCGAACUAUGACACGAACCAAGGAAGAAAGAGGCAAUCCUAUGAGUUUUGCAAUUCGAGCAGGUAGUCGAAAUUCAGGGGGGGAUAAAGACAAAUCCUCAAUUUGUUCUAAUUGCAACCGAGAGGGACAUGAUGCUGAAAGUUGUUUCCAGCUGAUAGGUUAUCCAGAAUGGUGGGGUAAUAGACCACGUGGAACUUCUGCUGGACGAGGAAGUGGUCAAAAGCGUGGCAAUGGAGCAGGACGUAGCAAGGGAGGAGUUGCUUGUGCCAAUGGCACACAAGCAACUAGAGUUGAUGGUGGGCGUGGAAUUGUGACAGAUUCAGAUCGAAAGGGUCUUAGUGGAUUAAAUGAAGAGCAGUGGGCUGCUUUGCUGGGCAUGUUGAAUUCUUGUCAGAAUGGUGGCAAUGAGAGGCUGACAGGACCUAAAUUCGAGGAACCUGAUUGGAGCGGGUGAGCAACGCGAAGGGCUGUACUUUCUCAAGGGAGUGACAUCGGUACAUGAUUGCAAGGUAACUGAUGUGGGGUCUUUUGUGUUUUGGCAUAAGAGAAUGGGUCAUCCUUCUUAUAAGGUAGUAGAGUUAAUUCCAGAAGCUGGUAGCAUUGGUAGUAAAACUAAUAAAACUUGUGAAGUUUGUUUUAGAGCAAAGCAAACAAGAGAGAUUUUCUUUUCUAGUGACAAUAAAGCUGAUGGUUGUUUUGAAUUGAUACAUUGUGAUUUGUGGGGACCUUAUAGAGUCCCAACUUCUUGUGGAGCAAUUUACUUCUUAACAAUUGUUGAUGAUUACUCUCGUGCUAUUUGGAUAUAUUUGCUGAAUGAAAAACAAGAAAUAACUUGUGUUCUUAAGAAAUUUGUUGUGAUGGUUAAACGCCAAUUUGAAAAAAAUGUGAAAAUUGUCAGAAGUGAUAACGGAAGUGAAUUUAUGUGCUUGAAAGAAUAUUUUGAUGAACAAGGGAUGUUGCAUCAGACUUCCUGUGUAGGAACACCUCAACAAAAUGGCCGAGUGGAAAGAAAACAUCGCCAUAUUCUUAAUGUGGCAAGAGCUUUGCGUUUCCAAGCAAAUUUACCCAUAGAAUUUUGGGAAGAAUGUGUA